UGGCGACAAAUUGUCAAUAAUAAAACCACAAAGAAUAUUUGCUUUGAAAUAAAGCCAUAUAGCUAGAAAAAUAAAAUUUAUUGUUAUAAAAUGUCAUAGCGGGGACGCGGUUUAAUUAUUCGGUAAAAAUCAAAUAAAAAAAUUAUCUUAGUAAAAAAUGGAUGACUUCAUAAAAAACUUGAAAAAGAAACUGUCCGUCGAUAAUAUUGUAGACCAGAUGAAGGAAGCCAAAGUCAUUGACGAGCAGGCCAUAAAAGAACAAGAUGUCCGAAAUACUCUUUCCAAGAUAGAUCCAAAUAAUAUGAUGGAUGUUGAUGAGAUAGCUUUGAAGCUGAAAGAAUUAUCAGACCAGUCGAAAUACAAACAAGAAGAGACCAAAUCACAAUCGAGUAAAGUUGUGGAUGCCGCCAAAGCUAGCUUCAGCGUUAUCCAGAAAUUCACUAAAUCUGAAGAUCAAACUGAGGAAAUUAUGGUUGAAUAUCCUUAUAUUAAAGAAGAUAAUGUUUUUAAUUUAUAUGAUGAUUUCAAUUAGAUAAUAUUUUGGAGCUGGUUUAGCUAUAAACGGACAAUAAAAUG